CAAAUACGCGCGCGCGCGCGGAGGGGACAGACCAGGCACUAGCAGAGGCAUCCCCUCUUGGCUUCUCUCGUCUUCUUCCAUCCAAUCGGAUUGAAGCAAGCAAGCAAGCAAGCAAGCGUCGGCCGAAAACGCAAAGAGGAGCAGCAGCACGCGCUCUCUGUCUCUGUCUCUCUUCUCCCUUUCGAAGCGUAGUCUCGCGAGACUCGGGAGCCGGCUGAAAGGGGUUCCUGGUUGGUGGGAAUUGAGCGCUCGCUGAGAAAAGCCGGCGAGAGAGAGUGAGGGGGUGCCCUGAGGGAAGGAGGAGGAGGAGAGUCGAGAAGAAAAGGAAGGAGUCCGCUCGGGACCGCGAGGAAGGAGGCGAGAGUGGGGUCUCCAGUUGAGGAGGACACAACAAGAGCGCUCCAACCGCCGCCGGGACAUACAUGGCGGAGAACGAGGCGGGGAGCUCCCUGCCGGUGAAGGAGUCCGGCCCCGAGAGCGCGGCGGAGGCAGUUGUGGAGGGGCCGCCCGGAGGAGGAGGAGGAGGAGAAGGCGCCGCCGAAGAAGCAGCGGAAGUGAUUGAUGAUGAAUCUUCAGGAAAACAGAAAGAGAACCAGGAACCAGAUCCUACUUAUGAAGAAAAAAGGCAAACGGAUCGAGCAAACAGAUUUGAGUAUCUGUUGAAGCAGACAGAGUUGUUUGCUCAUUUCAUUCAGCCUGCUGCUCAGAAGACUCCAACUUCACCUUUGAAAAUGAAACCAGGCCGACCAAGAAUAAAAAAAGAUGAAAAACAAAAUCUGCUAUCAGUUGGAGACUACCGCCAUCGUAGAACUGAACAAGAGGAAGAUGAAGAACUAUUAACAGAAAGUUCAAAGACCACUAAUGUAUGCACUCGAUUUGAAGCAUCUCCAUCGUAUGUAAAAUGGGGGAAACUGCGUGAUUAUCAAGUCCGAGGACUGAACUGGCUAAUUUCCUUAUAUGAAAAUGGCAUCAAUGGUAUAUUAGCAGAUGAAAUGGGUCUGGGCAAGACACUGCAAACAAUUUCUCUUCUUGGAUACAUGAAGCACUACAGAAACAUUCCUGGUCCUCAUAUGGUAUUGGUACCUAAAUCAACUUUACAUAAUUGGAUGAAUGAAUUCAAGAGAUGGGUGCCGACUCUUCGUGCCGUUUGUCUGAUUGGUGACAAAGAACAGCGAGCUGCUUUUGUUAGAGAUGUUUUGUUGCCGGGUGAAUGGGAUGUCUGUGUAACAUCAUAUGAAAUGCUCAUCAAGGAAAAAUCGGUAUUUAAAAAAUUCAACUGGAGAUACUUAGUUAUUGAUGAAGCACACAGGAUUAAGAAUGAAAAAUCAAAGUUGUCAGAGAUUGUGAGGGAAUUCAAGACUACAAACAGAUUGCUAUUGACUGGAACUCCACUGCAGAACAAUUUACACGAGCUCUGGGCACUUCUUAACUUCUUAUUGCCGGAUGUCUUUAAUUCAGCUGAGGAUUUUGAUUCGUGGUUCGAUACAAACAACUGUCUUGGGGAUCAAAAAUUAGUGGAGCGACUCCAUCUGGUGCUGCGGCCAUUCCUCUUGCGUCGUAUUAAAGCCGAAGUAGAGAAGAGUUUGCCUCCAAAGAAAGAGGUUAAAAUAUAUGUCGGUCUCAGCAAAAUGCAGAGAGAAUGGUACACAAGGAUCUUAAUGAAGGACAUAGAUAUAUUGAAUUCUGCUGGAAAACUGGACAAAAUGAGACUCCUAAAUAUUCUUAUGCAGUUGCGAAAAUGUUGUAAUCAUCCAUACCUCUUUGAUGGAGCGGAGCCUGGUCCACCUUACACCACAGAUAUGCAUUUGGUUACAAACAGUGGCAAAAUGGUAGUUUUGGACAAACUGUUGCCAAAGUUAAAAGAACAAGGAUCAAGGAUUCUAAUCUUCAGCCAGAUGACCAGAGUUCUUGAUAUUUUAGAAGACUACUGUAUGUGGAGGAACUAUGAAUACUGUCGGCUUGAUGGGCAGACACCUCAUGAUGAGAGACAAGCUUCCAUUAAUGCAUACAAUGAACCUGGCAGCUCAAAAUUUGUUUUCAUGCUCAGUACUCGUGCGGGCGGUCUGGGAAUUAACUUAGCCACAGCUGAUGUUGUAAUUUUGUAUGAUUCUGACUGGAAUCCACAAGUAGAUCUUCAAGCUAUGGAUCGAGCACACAGAAUUGGUCAAACAAAGACAGUAAGAGUAUUCAGAUUUAUUACAGACAACACUGUAGAAGAAAGAAUAGUGGAAAGGGCAGAAAUGAAACUUCGUUUGGAUUCCAUUGUUAUUCAGCAAGGAAGACUGGUGGAUCAAAAUCUAAACAAACUGGGAAAAGAUGAAAUGUUGCAAAUGAUUAGACAUGGAGCCACCCAUGUUUUUGCUUCAAAGGAUAGUGAAAUUACAGAUGAUGAUAUUGAUGGCAUUCUGGAAAGAGGUUUAAAGAAAACAGCAGAAAUGAAUGAAAAACUCUCCAAGAUGGGAGAAAGCUCACUAAGGAACUUUACAAUGGAUACUGAGUCCAGUGUGUAUAAUUUUGAAGGAGAGGAUUAUAGAGAGAAGCAAAAGAUGGCAUUCACCGAGUGGAUUGAGCCACCAAAGCGUGAGAGAAAAGCAAACUAUGCCGUUGAUGCUUAUUUCAGGGAAGCACUUCGUGUCAGUGAACCAAAAGCACCAAAGGCUCCACGACCUCCAAAACAGCCUAAUGUUCAGGAUUUUCAGUUUUUCCCACCACGUUUGUUUGAGUUGUUGGAAAAAGAGAUUCUGUAUUACAGAAAAACAAUUGGGUACAAGGUACCUCGUAACCCAGAACUGCCUAAUUCUGCUCAGGUGCAAAAGGAAGAGCAAAUUAAAAUUGAUGAAGCUGAGCCCCUUAACGAAGAAGAGUUAGAAGAAAAAGAAAAGUUACUUACCCAGGGGUUUACAAACUGGAAUAAAAGAGACUUCAAUCAGUUCAUCAAAGCAAAUGAAAAAUGGGGUCGUGAUGACAUUGAAAACAUAGCUCGAGAAGUAGAAGGAAAGACGCCAGAGGAAGUCAUUGAAUAUUCUGCUGUUUUUUGGGAAAGAUGUAACGAACUCCAGGAUAUAGAGAAAAUCAUGGCACAGAUUGAAAGAGGCGAAGCUCGGAUUCAGAGGAGGAUUAGUAUUAAAAAAGCAUUGGACACAAAGAUUGGCAGAUACAAAGCACCUUUUCACCAACUGAGAAUAUCAUAUGGCACUAACAAAGGAAAGAAUUAUACAGAAGAAGAAGAUCGCUUUUUGAUCUGUAUGCUUCACAAGCUAGGAUUUGACAAGGAGAAUGUUUAUGAUGAGCUCAGGCAAUGUAUUCGCAACUCUCCACAAUUCAGAUUCGACUGGUUCCUCAAGUCUAGAACUGCAAUGGAACUUCAAAGAAGAUGCAAUACCUUAAUCACUUUAAUUGAAAGAGAAAAUAUGGAACUGGAAGAAAAGGAGAAAGCAGAGAAGAAAAAACGUGGACCCAAACCAUCUUUGGCGCAGAAACGUAAACUGGAUGGCACCCCUGAUGGUAGAGGACGGAAAAAAAAAUUAAAGCUGUGAAUACUGAGUUCUUUUAAUCACUAAAUUUAAAGUAGUUCUUUAAUUUUACGGGUCUUCAUAAGAUGUACUGUACAAUUCUCAACUAUUAUGUCAUUAAAGGACAUCGGGUUCAUGUGUUUACUUACUGAACUAGGAGAAUAGUAAUGUAGUUUCACUUUUUUAAAUAAAACAGCUGUGCUGAGUUUUUUUUACCAUUAACACUUGAAAUAAAAAAUAGGCUUCAUGUA